AUGGAUGCCGUACUUCGUCAGUCCAAGGCCAUGUGUCCUUUCUUGAAGACGGCCACACCUGCUACUCUCCGCGCCCUGUCCACCUCGUCUCGCCCGGCCCUUCCUGCUCCCGCCUCGCCUUGUGGCGGCACCAUGUCCAAGCUUCAGCUGCUUGGCCAGCGAUGCCCCGUCAUGGGCAAGGCCAUGGCUGUUCAGACUGCUAAGAACCGCGCUCCUGGAUCUGUUCGUGCUUUCUCUGGUCACUCCAAGACUGGUAAGGCCAAGAUUCACACCACCCGCAACAAGGAGGCUCGCGCUGUUGACAACCCGCUCUUUGAGGGUCGCGACAAUGUUCCCGCCCCUCCUGGCGUUCAUAUGAGUCGAAAGGCCACAUCUGCUUCUCCAACUGCUUCUGCUGCCGCCGCUGGCUUCAACUCUCCCGGUAAAUUCGACUACGAAGGAUUUUACAACGUCGAGAUCGACAAGAAGCUCAAGGACAAAUCUUACCGCUACUUCAACAACAUCAACCGAUUGGCGAAGGACUUUCCCCGUGCGCAUAUGGCCGACAAGGAGGAUCGAGUAACUGUAUGGUGCGCCAACGAUUAUCUCGGUAUGGGAAGGAACCCCCAUGUCCUCAACACGAUGCAUCAAACCCUAGAGGAGUAUGGCGCAGGUGCUGGUGGAACUCGAAACAUCUCCGGACACAACAAGCACGCUGUUGAGCUCGAGGCUACACUAGCUAAGCUGCACGCUAAGGACGGCGCUCUGGUGUUCAGUUCUUGUUACGUAGCCAACGAUGCGACUCUGGCGACACUCGGCAGUAAGCUGCCCGAAUGUGUCAUUCUGUCCGACAGCUUGAACCACGCGUCUAUGAUCCAGGGAAUUCGACACUCCGGCACCAAGAAGAUGGUCUUCAAGCAUAACGAUGUCCAGGAUUUGGAGGCUAAGCUGGCGUCACUUCCCCUGCAUGUGCCCAAGAUCAUCGCUUUUGAGUCAGUCUACAGUAUGUGCGGUUCCAUUGGUCCUAUCGAAGAGAUCUGUGAUCUUGCUGAGAAGUACGGUGCCAUCACAUUUCUCGAUGAAGUCCAUGCUGUCGGUAUGUACGGCCCCAAGGGUGCUGGUGUCGCUGAGCAUCUUGACUGGGAGGCCCAUGCCAACGGUGCUCCUCGCGGAACCAUCAUGGACCGAAUUGACAUCAUCACUGGUACUCUGGGCAAGGCGUAUGGCUGCGUUGGUGGCUACAUCGCCGGUAGCGCCAAGUUCAUUGACAUGAUCCGAUCUUUAGCUCCGGGCUUCAUUUUUACCACUUCUCUGCCUCCUGCCACUAUGGCUGGUGCCCAGACUUCCAUUGAGUACCAAAUGAACUACGAUGGAGAUCGACGACUUCAGCAGCUGCACACCCGCGCUGUGAAGGAGGCAAUGAAUGCCCGCGAUAUUCCUGUCAUCCCCAACCCCUCCCACAUCAUCCCUAUCUUGGUCGGCAAUGCCGAGACUGCGAAGGCAGCUUCCGAUAUGCUCCUGAAUGAUUACGGAAUCUACGUCCAGUCUAUCAACUACCCCACUGUCCCCGUUGGCCAGGAGCGUCUGCGCAUUACACCUACCCCUGGCCACGUCAAGGAGUACCGCGACCAGCUUGUCGAGGCCGUUGAUGAGAUUUGGAACCGUCUCAACAUUAAGCGAACUUCCGAUUGGGCUGCCGAGGGUGGUUUCAUCGGUGUUGGUGAAGAGGACAACGUCCAGGAGCCUCUUUGGACAGACAAGCAGCUCAACGUUGAGCAUGCUACCAAGCAGAUCAAGGCCAAGGGUGACGCUGUUAACAGCGUCACUGAAGCUCUUCUGGAGCUUGAGUUCAAGCAGGCUUCUGAGGCUGCUGCCGCUGCCUAA